AAAAUACGCCAAAAUGUUCUUGUUAUUAAAUGUAGUCAGAUUUCUAACGGCGGAUCUUCAAGCCUUUUACCAUCCUAACAACCAUCGAAAAAAUUACAAAGUUUAAGCCUGUGUAUCCAAGUUGCUGUGCUUUUAAAACCGUUUAUUCGAAAGGUUUACAGAGGCUGAACUAGAGGAGCUAACGAGAAUUCGUCUCAAAAUCGAAGGGAUUCUUUUUAGUGCACAUCAGUUCUCCAUGUGCAUCCAUUGCGAAGGUGCUGUAAUCUGAUGCCCUAUUCAGCAUAUACCCUGUUCAUGAGUCGUGGGGUUCCCUCAAGCAUCCUUUCCUUUCUACUGGUUGGUGUCAGCUGAUGGAUAUUAUUCUUAAUGCGGGCUCUGUGAUGGACAAAGACACAGUAUUUUAUGCUUUUCAUGGGAUCCCACUUUAUCUUAUAGGGAAACAGGACCUUUAAACUGUUCGGUAGAAUCCCAAUGUGAUCGUAACAUCAAAAAAAAGAUACGAAGGAAACGAUCUUGGUAGAAUAUUAUGGGGUUAAAAGGAUUCAAAUGGAUUAUUUCGGAUGAAUGCUAAAAUAUUUAGUCUUUUUCGCCCUUUUUAUUCUAUUAACAUUCCUAAAAGGAGAGGUAAAGCCCGUUUCGAGCGAACACAAUCGUUUAUGUGGUGUACAAAUGAUCUCGAUGGGAGCUGUAUACUUCUGUUAUUCAAAGAAGUAAAAUAUAUGUCUGAAUUUAUGCAUGCACUCAAGCCUAUAGGAAUCGUUUUUAAGUCCAAUCUUCGACUCAUGUAUCCUUUAUUUACAUCUUCAAGCUUGUCUAGUUUGCGUUUGGGAUUUAGUCCUGACAUACUCACACAUCCUUUCAAGAAGCCAAAAGGUUUACUAUAUCCGUAG